AUGAACGCAAGAAAAACACAAAACCUUUCCGAGGCAAAGUUGAAUCGCCUUCUCGAGUACAAUCAGCGUCUUAAAGAACUGCUCGAUAUCCCUCGCACUACUGUAUCCGAGGCAUCCACACGCUUGAUUGAUCAUUGCAAAACUACACGCGAUCCAAUGGUUCCAUCGGUAUGGGGACCUAUUGACAAGAAGGACGAUCCCUUCGCACCAACCUCUGGAAGCGGAUGCUGCACAGUAAUGUAA